GGCUUCAUCAAGGUCAAAGGGUUUGUGUUAAUUCAAAAGAAAACUACUGACACAAAUCAUUGUAUUGGCAUGAGGGGAGUUUUGCUGCUAUAUAAGAGAGUGCUUCUCCACUCCAGAGACACGUAUUCCUCUGUUGCAUUUUUGGUUAUAAACAAUUGAACUUCACUCGGAAUCUCGGAACCAAUCAGUUUUCUUUCAUCAAGAUCUUCUAUAGUCAUCCUUAACACUGAGGCCUGCACAUCAUUGUAUGUUACGUGACGCACACAAACACUCAACAUGGCAACCACUCUGCAUUUGAUUGGUGGUGGAGGAGGCAAUUCAUUUGAAUUCCACGGCAUGGACAACGGUGCCACCCUCAAGAAGAUCGGAGUGGCGGUGGAAGGCUGGCAGAUCAAAGCUGUGCGGGCGGAGCUUACCGACGGGCGCGUAGCGACCUUUGGAAAUUCACACACUUUCAAUGAGUUUCAGUUUGACCUCGGCGAGCGCAUCACCAAACUGUCUCUGUGGGGUAACGGCGCCGGCACACGUCUGGGUGCCAUCAAGUUCACAACGAGUAAGAAUCGUCAGUUCUUUGAAAAAAUGACCAGCUGGCCACUGAAGACUGAGUACACCAUAGAUGUGGGGUCCGGAAUCUGCCUGGGGCUGCAGGGCAGGUCUGGCUCGGACAUCGACAGCAUGGGCUUCCUCUUCAUCAACACCAUCAAGUCAUCCGUGCUGACCAACAUGGAGUAUCCCACCCUGUCCCUCUUCAAACCCCAGGUGACCCCAGAAUAUGUGAAAUCCCUGUCUCACCACAACGACACGUCCUUGGUUCAAGAAGAGUCCAUUACAUACAGCAAGACCCUGACCAAGACUUCCUCCUGGUCCGUCAGCAACAAGAUAGAGUCCACCUUGAAUGUGUCGGUCAAAGCGGGGAUCCCGGAUCUGGUAGAGGUGACAUCAGGUUUCAGCUUGACCGUGGGAGUGGAGCAAUCCACCAGCCUGCAGAAGACAGAGACCAUAACAGAAUCGGAUACCAUCAACGUAAAGAUCCCGCCAGGGAAGACCCUGGAUGUUGAGAUCACAGUGGGGAAAGCAACUAUCGACCUUGACUACAGGGCCACAGUGAAAGUCACCUGCAUGAAUGGCAGUCAGCUGGUCUUCCCAUCCAACGGCAUCUACACUGGUGUAACUUACACUUCAGCGAGGGUAUCCACAAAGGAGAGAUGAGACAAGUGUAUGACAUCAUGAAUAAUAAGCACAGUGAUAGAAUGUGACACCAUUACUGAUUAUUUGUGUGCCUUCUCUGUUAUUAUGAUCUUCUUUGAGUGAAUCUAAUUGAACCAUGUUGACUCAGCUCUUUAUUUCUGUCUCAGCAGAGGGUAUAACAACAGGUGGGUUAUUCCUACAAUCUGGUGCCUUUUGUGUCCAAUGACAUGUUAACACAUAUUUUGUGUGAAUUAUUGAACAACAUUCACUACAAAAUGUUUUCUUAUUUGCUUAGACCCCCAUUUACCAUAAAAACAAUGUUACAUAACUGUAAUACAUUUCAUUUGUAAUAAACCAUUUGUCUUGUGUGUCAGUAAGCUUUCGCCAUAUCCCCAGUUAAGUUUAUUCAACUUCCAUUGGAUAUACUAUCCUUAAAAUUCACAAAUAUUGUAAUUAUCAUUACAUUGAGUUGUUCUCUUUCUAACUAAUUGUUAAUCAUGAUUAAUUAAUUAUUUAAUAUAAGAAUAAUCUAAUAUGUUUGUUAGCACACACGCAGUCACUCACACACGCACAGAGUUUCUUUCUCUGGUUGCACAUUUAACAUGCUGGUAGAAAUGAGGUAAAAUGGAUUUAAUUUUUUCUGCAUUGAAGUCUCCGGCCACUAGGAGCACCGCUACUGGUUGAGCGUUUUCCUGUUUGCUUAUGGCCUUACACAGCACAUUGGUUGGUGUUAGUGCCAGCAUCGGUUUGUGGUGGUAAAUAGACAGCUACUAAGAAUAUAGACUAAAAACUAUCUUCUGCCUGACAGUAGAGAAAAUAGAUGAUCAUUAUAAGAUGGUAAAGGUAAUGGGCUAUAUUUCACAUACUUCCUACAGGUUACAGAUCAAAUAUAUUUUUCCAUACAUUGACAACUCACCAACGGAAAUCAUUUCACAGGACAUUAAUCUUAUUGCAUAGAAUUGUUAAUCUGUGUGCUUUUUCUCAGAGAGAUCAAAUGAUAGUACUGUAGUAGUCGACUCCCUGCUGACCUAAAACAAAGAACCCUUUCAUUUAGAAUAUGUUGCAUCGUUGCUUUGGUUUUACAUCAAUUUAUUCACUCAUAGUGUUUCUACUUAGAGGAUAUAGCUAAAUGACCACUAGAUGGUGCUGUCACACUUCAUAGGUCUUUCAUAACCCAUAUUAUGUGUAGCCUAUUUGCAUUGUAUUUAUUUAUUUGUAUGUAGGUUAUAUCCUCAUGUACCUGCACUUAAAUUACAUUUUACUCAUG